AUGGUAGUCCACCCAGGAAGGAUGUCCAAGGAUAUCACAUCUCUUACAGUAGCGCUGCAGUUGUCAUUAAGCAGCCCCUCGCACAAAUGUGUCCGGUCGUACUUCGCGAAUAAAAGCCUGGCCACAUUCUCUUCCUCGCAAACGUACUUGGGCACCUUACAAUCCAACACCAUACGUGCUUUAGAAACGCGGGCAGCUGCUUCACAAGGACCCCCCUAUUUAAGCAGCCUCUCGCACAAAUGUGUCCGGUCGUACUUCGCGAAGGCACCCCUUGGACAUGGUGAAGCAGGCAUUCAGCAGGUCUGGGUGUCCCUGCUGAUGCAACUACAGGAGCCACCACUGCAGGACAUCAGGCCAGAGUGGAUGUUGCAGCCCUGGGUCUCAGAUGUGGGUGGUGGAGACUGCAACAGCCAUGAUGGCAGCAAAGGCCGCCUCAAAGUGCAGACGUUCUCUGCCUGAUGCCGUCUUGACUGAAGCGGAUCUCCCCUUCAUGGAAAUAAAGGCGAAGGGGAAGGGGGGCAAGAAACGACGGCGGUAAUGGAUGCACGUUGACUUUGGGACGAACGCAUAUGUAAUGUGAUGGACAGCUGCAUAUGCAUGGUCUUCUUUUGUAGAAAUGGCUUUGCUUAGGGCUGAAGGCACGUUUGUAUCACAUGGUGGACAGGGUCUUGAGACGGCUUGGCUUAUAAGCAAAUCCGUAUCAAGACACUGCCCAUCACGUGAUAAGAACACGCCUUCCUGGUUAGGAUUGGAGGCGCGUCCAUAUGACGCGAUGGACAGGGGUAUAUAUUAUGAAAAGGCUUAAUUUUGGGCUGAAAGGGGCAUUCAUAUCAUGUGGUAUACAUGUUUCAUUUUAUGGAACCGGCUUCAUUUUGGGCUGAAAGGGGCCUUCAGAUCACGUGAUGUACAUGUUUCAUUUCAUGGAGACUGCUUCAUUUUGGACUGAAGGGGCCUUCAGAUCACGUGAUGCACACGGUUCUUUUUAUGGAGACUCCUUCGUUUUGGACUGAAGGAGCCUUCAUAUCACAUGAUGGACAUGGGCUCGUUUUAUGGAGACUCGUUCGUUUUGGACUGAAGGGGCAUUCAAACCGUAGGGGGCGUUCAUUCUGAGCUACCUUCAUUUGUAAUGAAGUGGUCUUCAUUCCAAAAUGAAUCUUGGCCCUGAAAUGAAUGGAUUAAAUGAAGGGAUGAAAUGAAUGUGAAUCGAAUCGUGAAUGAAGGUUCCUGGUUCCCAGAGUGCAAUGAGACCGCAUUUAAAUGUGCCAUGCACCCAGUAAAUCCGCCUUCAUGGGGUGCUGCUUCUUGAAGAAUCCUGACGUUAAUUAGUAUAUUUUGUUGUAAGCGAUAUGUUGGUG